GUUUGUUUGGGUUGCAAGAAGCAGGUGCAAGGAUUUCUUUACCUUACAGUAGGAGAGGAGGAGGAACCUGAAGCUACACCUGCACACUUUCUCUCCACCAACUCUGCAUAUUGGGCUCUAAUUGUUCACACACUUGAGGAAAAUUAACUUCAAUCAGGAAAUUCCACAGGUUGAAAGAACUUCCACAGUGCCAACAAAAUGCAGAAGCAAGUGGAAGUCAGGAUGGACGAGAACCACCUGGAGCCCAGAGUGGAGAACACUGAGAGUGCAUGUAGCUCUUUUUGUGAUAAAAUCAUGAAGAACAUGGUGCUCACUCUCACAAUCCUUGGUGUGUUUUUGGGCUCCAUUGCUGGAAUGCUGCUGCGGCACAUAUCGCCUCUCCCUCCUGAUGUUGUUAUGAUCAUCGCCUUCCCUGGGGAGAUCCUAAUGAGGAUGCUGAAGAUGCUUAUUCUGCCUCUCGUUGUUUCCAGUCUGGUCACAGGACUUGCCGGUUUGGAUGCCAAAUCCAGCGGCCGCCUCGGCACCAGAGCCAUGGUGUACUACAUGUCAACGACUGUGAUCGCAGCCGUCCUCGGCGUGAUCCUGGUGCUGCUCAUCCAUCCCGGAAACCCCAAGCUGAAGGCGAACUUGGGACAGGGGAGGAAGAACGACGAGGUGUCCAGCGUGGACGCUUUCUUCGAUCUCAUCCGAAAUCUUUUCCCGGAGAACUUGGUGCAGGCGUGCUUCCAGCAGAUCCAGACAGUAACCACCAAAGUACCUGUGCCCACAAACAGAACCAAAGCACCUCCACAGUUCACAGUGAAGAGGUCGCUUCAGUUCAAGGGAGGGAUGAAUGUCCUCGGUUUGAUUGGAUUCUUUGUUGCUUUCGGGGUUAUCAUGGGAAAAAUGGGAGAAAAGGCCAAGAUGAUGUUGGAGUUUUUCAACGUCCUGAAUGAGAUCGUUAUGAGGCUCGUUGGAGCAAUCAUGUGGUACUCUCCUGUUGGUAUUGCGUGCCUCAUCUGUGGAAAGAUCAUCUCCAUCGCUGACCUGGAGGUGGUUGCCAGACAGCUGGGGAUGUACAUGGUCACUGUGAUAGUGGGUCUCAUCAUCCAUGGAGGCAUCUUCCUUCCGCUGAUAUAUUUUGUGAUAGUGAGGGAUAACCCCUUCACGUUCUUCAUGGGAAUAUUUCAAGCUUGGGUCACAGCACUCGGGACAGCAUCCAGUGCCGGUACUCUGCCCGUCACAUUCCGGUGCUUAGAGGAGAACCUGGGCAUCGACAAGAGGGUGACACGCUUCGUCCUCCCAGUGGGUGCCACCAUCAACAUGGACGGCACGGCGCUUUAUGAGGCCGUGGCUGCCAUUUUUAUUGCUCAGAUGAACGGGAUCGCGCUCGACUGGGGCCAGAUUAUUACCGUCAGUAUGACAGCCACUCUGGCCAGUGUUGGAGCAGCCAGUAUUCCCAGUGCAGGACUGGUGACCAUGCUUCUGAUCCUCACAGCAGUGGGUCUGCCGACUCAGGACAUCAGUCUGCUGGUGGCUGUCGACUGGCUGCUGGAUCGUUUCCGUACCUCGGUUAACGUGGUCGGGGACUCGUAUGGAGCGGGCAUCGUGUACCACCUCUCCAAACAUGAGCUGGACUCCUUCGACUCCCAGCAGACCAGGAUGGAGGACUUUGAGAUGUCAAAGACACAAUCUUUUUAUGAAAAUAACACCAACCAGAAUGUUUACACUCACCACAACUCAAUCUUAAUAGACGACUGCAAGGUCACCAUGGGCAAAAAUGGCAAGACUUCAGAUUUCUCUCUUGUUGAAGAGGGACCGUGGAAAUGCGAGUAAAGCAGAUCCAGAUGCUGCUGCGCCUUACCAACUGAGUUCCAACAGUUCUUUAACUUUCUGCCGACAAGACAAACAACAACACAAAUCACGUAGAGACGAAAGGAAGGGAAAAAAAGUGAGUUAGCAAUAUCAACGAUACACAAAAGACAGUCAUCUUUUUCUUUUAGCUACCUAUCCGGGCAGCUACUGGACCAUUCAACAAAUCACUCAACAACUUGUGUUGGAUCUGGUAUUUGCACUAACACAGACUCUAACUUACCAAUGCAUUUCUAGCCCUUUGUGCAGAAGAAUCAUUUAUUCGGUUGACAUGACUCCUUACUCGGUGCUGCUGCAAGCUUCCUGAAUUGUCAACCAAAGAAUUCUUCGACAACAUUUCAGUUUUUUUUUUCUUCUUUUGUAUCAAAGCUAUUUUUUUGUAGCAUCAAGGGCAGAGAUGAUCUGUGGACGAUGGCCUUGCCAGGUAAUCACUUUGUUAGUUUAAUUGAAGCAAGUGAGAAAUGAUGUAAAAGUUGGAGGUAAUGGACUCAAAUCAAAUUUUACAGAUUAGCACGUCAGUAUUUGACAGAGUUUCUGGAUGAAUGUUUGUCUGUAUUAAUGGUUUUUGUGUAUUUGUGAUUUCUGACAACUCUGUCUUCUUAUGUAAUGUCCACAAACACUGGACCAAAUGUUCAUAAAUAAUGCAAACAUUGACUGAAUGCAACAGCGCUCCAUGUGGACUCCUGAUGUCAGUGCAGGAGGGAUAAACACGGAGAUACCUUUGACUUUUUGACUUAUGGGAUUACACCUUGAUGGCGCACACACAGUCAAGCCUAAAAUAAGCUUAAGACUUAGGUAAGAGGAGGGGGCGUGGCCUCUAAAUGUGGCAACAAACAGUACAGGAUGUGUUGCCGAGGAACAGAGCACGUGAUUGGUGCCCUUCCUGUUAUUCAUAUAUUUAUUUAUCACUUUUUGUAUGUAUGAUCUUAACAAGCAAAGCACUGAGUUUUCUGUUUGUAGUCGAAAAGGUUUGCAUGUGUACUGCUAUUUAUGUGUUUUUGUGUGUUUCUGAGAGCAAGAGAGGGAGAUAUAUAUAUAUAAGAAAAGAAAGAGGAGAAAAACAGGGGGGAUGUCUCUGAUAUUCUCAGCAGGCCUGGCAUUGCUCUGUGUUUUAUUUCAAACUGUUUUAUUUCUUUGCUAUAUGACAACCUUGCCUUGACAAUGUCAACUGCAGAGUGCAGUCAAUAGGAUGACAAACAUUUCCGGAUCAAAGUUGCCAAUUGGUUAUUGGCUCUCA